AUGGAUUUUGUGGUUGUUCUUCCAAAGAUAUUGGAUAAGUUUGAUUCGCUUUUGGUGAUUAUUGACACGUUAACAAUGUCUGCACACUUCAUUCCAGUUAAGGUGACUUAUAAUGAAGUAAAGUUAUUCAAACUCUAUAAUUGCGAGAUUGUUCGAUUGCGUAGAGUUUCAAUUUCCACCAUAUCAGAUAGAGCUACAGAAUUUAUUUCUAACUUUUGGAGGACAAUGCAGGUUGAGUUAGGUACUAGAUUGGAUCUUAGUACCGCAUUUCAUCCUCAGAUCGAUAGGCAGUUCGAACGGAUAAUUCAAGUGCUAAAGGUUGAGGUGAGACCUUGGGGUACUAAUUUUUUGAAGGAGUUGUUAGAGAAGGUGAAAUUUAUUCAGGAGAAGUUUUUAGAAGCUUGGAGCAGGCAAAAAGAGUAUGCAGAUAGAAAGGUUAGGGAUAUUGAGUUUAUAGGGGGAGAGCAAGUGUUGUUGAAGGUUUCACCAAUAAAGGGUGUGGUGAUAUUUGGUAAGCGAGUGCUUCAUGUGUCUAUGCUGAAGAAAAGUCAUGGUGAUGAAAAUUACAUUUUUAGCUGGGAUUUGGUCUUGCUUGAUGAGAAUUUGUCUUAUGAGAAAGAGACUGUACCUAUUCUUGAUAGGGAGAAAGUCUUCCUGUCAAGUGGUGGUCCAGGCGGCGUGUCCUAUUGGAAGAUAACGGCGGUGCAAGAUGAUCGGCAGAUCAGAUGGUGUGACCUAGUGAUUGGAGAUAUGCAGUUGAUGCCUUGUGUUGAAAGUCUUCUUGACAAACGUGGUGGUCAAGCAGCGUGUCCCACUGGUUGA